UUAAAAUUUUGUUUGGAAAAAUGGUAAUGAGUGACAGAGUAUUAAAAAUUUCAAUUCAGUUGAAAUUUUGAACGCUACCCUUUAUAUGUUAUGGUUUCUCUAAACUAUUAACGCAACUAUAAAAUUUCUUUCUCGCUGUUUCUCAAAACCUCAAAACCAUGGCGUAUAGAGGAUUAAAUUCUGAAAAAUUUGAAGAUUUGGGUGAAGAAUUAGACGUAUUGUGUUCAGAAGUUCAGUCUGGUAUAGAGAAAAUACAAAGGCUUGAUGGAGGUAGUAAAGUUUUGUCAUAAUAAUUAUAUGAUUACUAUGUUAAUAUAUGGCUGUAUUUGGGUCUCAGUAGCAGAAAAAUUAUGUACACUGGUCAUGGAUAUGGGCAGAGUAAUAUUAAUGGAAACAUCCCCCCCUGGAUUGUCAAAAAAUGGAUUGCUUAGAACCUCUCCCCCAUUGGAGACCAUUUUGAAGAUCACUCAAUAUCGUUUCCGAAGAAAAAGUCCACUUUUUCUAUUUUGAUUUAUUGUCAGUGGCGUAGCCAGCCUGACAAUUUAGUCCCGCUAUGCAAAUUCAGAAUUAUUAUCAUUAUUCAUUUCUUUAGAAAUUGAUUGUUUUCACAGUCAAUGAACACGAAAAUAUUUGCAUAGCGGGACUAAAUCGUCGGGCUGGCUACGCUACUGUUUAUUGUUUAAUAUUAAAUCUCUAUUGCCUUUCAACCAUAAAGAAGAAUGCAGUGAACCCUUUCAAUUUUGACUCGUACAACCUCGCAAGCCAGGCUCUCCACUUCCGCUUCCCUCCCCCAGACUGCAGAGUUGGGCACUUUUCGACAAGAUCGCGGGUGUGCAAAUGUUAGAAAAUCAAAGUGCAGGUGUGCAAAACAGUUCCCAAGUGCACUUCAAGAUGCAGUCAAGGGCACAAAAGUAGCAAGAUACAUGUUAAAAACAAUGAAAAUGAGAGAUUUGAGAGCAGAUUUUCAAAUUUCCAAAAUUGUUAUAGAGUACAUCCCAGGUGCGCUGAAAUUUCUGCUUUAAAAAAUAUUGAGUCCUACGUUGACCAACUCUGCAGUCUGGUCCCUCCCCAACACUCUCUGCUGGAGCAUGUUGGGGAGGGAAGCAGAAGUAUAGAGCCUGGCUUGCGAGGUUGGGACUGAUAUAGACCGCUUAAGCAAGCUACAUUUUUUAUUCACGAAGCCAUUAUACAGUACACAGCAUUUGAAAUCACAAAUAUGAACUGCAUUGACUGGACAGGUGUUCUUUCUUUCAAGCACAAACUGAAAUAAAUUUAUUAGAAUGGGCUUUCUUGGCAAGGAGGGUUUGUAACAUAAUUUAUUAUUGAAUGGGUGUGUUGCAGGGUAAAUCGAAAUGUGGACACUCCCUAGGUGGUUGGGUCAUACCCCCUAUACAUUAGGGCAUACAGGUAGAGAUACAAGUGCCGAAUGACAAAUCUAAGAUGGGAAUUGCUUUAACCUGGGCAGGAUUGAGCAUGUGUAUCAAUCAUUGCAAGGUACUAGCUAGCAGUCCCUGUUGAGAAAGAUACAUGACUGUGUAGGUUCCAAGUUUAGCUGUCCAGAGCACACUUUGUAAAUUGUAAUGCAAUUCUCUGAUUGCGAUACAGAACUCAAAAAGCAAAAGAUUCGUGAAGUGCAGAAACAGAUUGAAGACUCCAAGAUCAUUGUAAGUUCAUUAUAUUUUUACAUUACCAAAGUUUUAGAUCCAUUUUAUGAAAUGCGUAAUAUGUGAUGAUUUAUAUUUCAUUCUUUUAGUUGGAAGAUAUGGAAGAGGAAGCAGUGAUUGCUCCAGGUGCAUAUAGAAAUAAAAUGAAUGCGAGAGUCCGAAACAAGUCCAGAGAGCUUGAAAAGAUGAAACGAGAUCUGGUAAAGUUUGUUGCUGUUUAUAUUUGUUUAGAAUGUGGGGCAAAUGAAAAUCGUAUUAAUAAAAUGGAAAUAAAAUGUUUAACUUUACAGAAUAAAAUUACAAGUGGUUUCCAGGCUUCAUCUGCAAGGGAUGAUCUACUUUCGACAGGACCCAAAGAAUUUGACCCGAAUGUAAGUUAACAAAGAUUCUUACUUUGGCUGAAUUAAGGUCGGCAAAAUUUGCUGACCUGGGAGGUUGAUUAAGGUAGGCAUUUAGGUCGGCAUUGCCGAAUGCCGACCUCAUUUUCGAGGGCUGCUGCCAAAAUAAUGUCUUCACAAUAUUUAUCUGACUUUAAUAUUUAAUCAUUUCAAAUAAUAGGCUAGUCACAGAAAUAAACUCAUACAAGGUACAGAGAUAAUGAACCGGACUUCAGACAGUAUUGCAAGAUCUCAACAAGUUGCUGCAGAAUCAGGUGAGGCACCUUUUUCUGAUUGCAUGUAGGCAUUAGGCAUUUAGUAAGGCGGCCAUUUAACCUUCAUGUGCAUGAACAUCAGAUGCACUUCUGAAUUCACUAAUUCAGACAGCGCCACUUUUUAAUAAAUGGCCUUAGAUUGCCUACGAAAGAAAAGUUUUAAAGCUAAUUGCUAUUUGCUAUAGCCUGAAAACAGACCUACGUUUCGCCUGCCCUAGAAUUCACAGGUCGACCUAAGCAUCCCACCCGCAAAUUUUAGGGCGAGCAAAACGAAGGUCUGUGUUCAAGCUAUCUAUUUGCAAGGUUACCACAUUCAUAGUACAUUUUGGACUGCCAGUUUUAACACCCUGGCUAUAAACACCUGGCAGUCAUUGUAGGUAUACAUUUUGUCAUAUAGUCAAUUGGCUGGUCUCUCUAUUGGUCAUUCAGGCAGCCUAUGGAAGUCAGGCAGGCAGUCAUUUACAAUAGUCGAUUGUUUUCAGUCAGUUCUGUCUGUUGUUUAGAAUGUUUUCAAACUGAUAUUUCAUAAAUUUCACAGAACAAAUUGGUGUCGAAAUUAUUGAUGAACUGGAUACACAGAAAGACUCUUUAAUAAGAACACGGGAUAGGGUAUGUUAACAUAAACUGUGAAUUGUUAGAGAUCGAUCAACUACCUGCAGCAGAACUUCUAUGUUUUGAGCGAAAGCCGUUCAUCAGGAAUUGAGCGAGACUAAAAAAUUGCAAGGUUUUUGGGCAUCUACUGUACCACAGAAUACUAUACAGAAGUCCAUCUACAUUGGUUUUUGCAUAAGCGCUAUUUGUCAUGAUUCAUCAUCACUCAGCAAGUAACGUAAACAGAAGCAUCCCCCCCUGGAAAUACUCAAAAUGGAACAUGUCCAGGGGGUGAUUGCUUCUGUUUAGGGUACUUGCUAUGACUUACACAAAAAACAGUGGAGAUGGGCUUCUGUAUAGUAUUCUGUGACUGUACACUGACUCAAUAGAACUAAUUUACAUAGAAGGGUUUUGUAGAUGGAAAUGUCGAAUGUGAAUUUUAUAUGUUUAUUAGACCGAAUCAGGAGAGUUGUGAAACAUGCAACUAUAGGUUCUCUGGCAGGAAUUGAAUCUGUGGUCCUAUAUACUGUAGGUCCAGUUGUCAAACUCUAUCUGCAAGUUUGUGUAUCAUAGACUCAUGUAUACUCUUCCAUACAGUAUAUAUCAAGAACACGAGUUCUGUUCACCUUUACAUGUAAUGCCCAUUCAUUUUCUAGUUGCAUGACACCGAUGAAGAUUUGAACCAAAGCAGGAAAAUAUUAACCCGUAUGGCAUUCAGGUAAUAUACCCUGGUCGCAUGAAUAAAAUAUUCAUUUCAUUGCAGGGAGGUUCUUAAAAUUUGACACUCAUUUUAAAACUUUCUUUUUAGGGUUGCAACAAACAAAUUAAUAAUGGGAAUAAUAAUUUUGGUUGAACUUGUAAUUGUUGGGGCAAUUGUAUAUGUUAGAUUUAUCAAAUGAUUUUGGAGUAAUAAUCAACAUUUCAUAGAAUAAUUUUUGAAUAAAUUCACAACUGUCAUAUAGAACAAUGAACAAUAGUAUGAAACCAUGUAAUAUUUAAGUAUAUUUUUUACAUCAUUCACCAUUUUCACAACUUGCAGCUUUUACCAACCACAUAUUACCAAAACUGCAGAUCCUUCCUCUCAUCCGAGAACAAAUGUGUCUUGUUUUCAUGUAAAAACAUUCAGAAAUAACAAUAUGUAGAUAAAUAUGCGAAUGGUGGUUAAUCAAUAGGGUUCCCACCAUUCAAUUAAUUAAUGUAAUAAUUGUUACUCAAUAAAUGUCAAUUAUUGAUUCAAGUUUAUUCUGUUUGUGUAUAAUAUGCUGUAUUGAAAACAACUAAAUUAUAAAAAAAAAUUAAAAUAUAAAUAAUCUGUAUCUCGAUCUUUCUGGGGAGGGGAGGGGGGUGGGGUGAAGGUUUAAGGAUGGUUCAAUCAGGCCUUUUGAGAUCGGGUCAUGGGCCAAUUAACCUAUGUACAGUACAGUAUUAGGUAUUUAAAGAGUGGAAUAUGUAAUGCUGGUUUUUGUUUGGUUCAUUAUAUUCCCUCUUUCAUUUUGUUUUCAUUGUUUCUUUAAUUCGUCUUUGUGGUCUUCCACAUAUUUCAAAUCUUCAGGGCUCAACAUGAAGAAAUUUUCUUUCUGCUUUGCCACCCACUGCCGAAU